AUGGGAAUCCCCGAGGAACAACUAGUUCGAGAUCAAGCACCGGUCAAGGGGAUUGGAGGGGUACCAGUAUCCGUAGAAGGGAAAGUGAAGCUGGCCUUCACCCUAGGCAAAGCACCAAGAACUCGCACCCAUUAUGUGGUGUUCUUAGUAGUUAAACUCCCGUUGAGCUACAACGCCAUCUUGGGGAGGCCUACCUUGUUUGACUUCGAGGCAGUCACCAGUAUCAGAUAUCUGGCAUUGAAGUUCCCAACUGAGGCAGGAGUAGGGGUAGUCCGGGGAAGCCAGAAGGAAGCGAGAGCAGUAUACUUAGCCACAGUGGCAGAGCUGAGCUCGGCGGCAGAAAGACUCGACUCAGAGGUGUUAGAGGUCAGGGACGAGGAGAAAGAAACCAGAACGGAGCCGGUCGGAGAGCUGGAGACUUUUCCUUUAUCAGAAGCAGAGACAGAUAAGGAUGUCCAAAGACUGACUGGGAGAGUAGUGGCAUUAAAUCGCUUUAUGUCCAGGUCGGCAGAGAAAUGCUUGCCAUUCUUUAAGAUGUUGAGGAAGGUACCAAAUUUUGAAUGGACGAAAGACUGCCGAAAGGCUUUCGAAGAACUUAAAAGCUACCUCAGCUCCCCUCAUGUGCUCAGCAACCCCUUGGAAGGAGAGAAAUUCCUGAUAUACUUGGCAGCCUCUGAACAAGCGAUUAGUGCAGUAUUGGUAAGGGUAGAUGAAGGAGAACAAAAGCAGGUAUUUUACGUCAGUAAGGUACUUAAGGGUGCCGAGACUAGAUACCUGAACAUUGAAAAGGUGGCGUAUGCUCUGUUGCUAGCAGUUCGGAAGUUUAGGGUCUACCUGAAAAGCCAUCAAGGUAUAGUGAUGAUGGACCAACCUCUAAAGAAGAUUCUGCGCAGGCCAGAAACAUCAGGUCAGAUGCUCGCCUGGUCCAUGGAAAUUAGCCCUUACUGCCUAGAAUAUCGACCUUGGACCUCUAUAAAAUCUCAGGCCCUGGCUGACUUCAUAGCGGAGUGCUCAUUUAACGAGGAACAGGGAGAGUCAACUUUUAAAGCGUUGGGGAGUGAGAGAGAAGAAGAGCCUCUCCAAGAAUUUGAAUGGAAGUUGUAUGUAGACGGGGCGUCAAGCGCCGGGGGCAGUGGCGCCGGGAUGAUGCUUAAAGGGCCCGGAGAGUUUAAGGUCUGCUACGCCCUGCGCCUGGAAUUCAAGGCCUCCAAUAACGUGGCAGAAUAUGAGACUUUAAUAAAUGGGAUACUGGUGGCAAUGGAGGUAGGGGUAACCGACCUCGAAGUAAACAGUGACUCCCAACUGGUAAUUAACCAGGUAACUGGGGUAUAUCAGGCUAGAGAUCCAACCAUGCAGGAUUAUUUAGCAAAGGUAAAAGCCAUAGAAGCCGAGCUCAAGGGCCAGAGAACCAUAGUCAAAUACCAAAGAAUACCUCGAGAGGAAAAUGAAGAAGCAGACUUGCUUAGUCGAUUAUCCAAGGAAGAAUUAGAGCAGCUCCCUGACGAAGUAGAACAAGACCAGAACUGGAUGACCCCAUACCUGGAAUAUCUGGAAAAGGGAAAGCUCCCUGAAGACAAGGAUGAAGCAAGAAGGAUAGCAGCUAUAGCUGCUAACUACCAAGCAGUAAGGGGGACAUUAUACAGAAGAGGGAAGUCCAGCCCCUGGCUCAGGUGCGUAAGCCCGGAGGAAGCAAUAAAGGUGAUGGAAGAGAUACACAGAGGAAUAUGCGGGGCUCACGAAGGGGCAGGAACACUGGCUAAUAAAAUAUUUAGGCAAGGGUAUUACUAG